AUGCAUCUUUCUCUUCUUCUUCCCGCAGCAGCGCUGCUUCCCCAAGCAUUUGCCCAGCUGGACACACUCGCCAAAGCGAAGGGGUGGAAGUAUUUUGGCAGCGCCACUGAUAACGGGGAGCUUAGCGAUGCGCCCUACGUCGAGAUUCUGUCGAAGAAUACCGAGUUUGGACAGAUCACUCCGAGCAACUCGCAGAAAUGGGAUGCGACGGAGCCAGAUCACGGGACGUUUACGUUUGAGAAGGGGGAUGUGAUUACGGCUUUUGCGGCGAAGAAUAAGCAGAUGUUGAGGUGUCAUACUUUGGUUUGGUACUCGCAGUUGCCUUCUUAGGGUGAGUUUGUUUUUGGGGAUUGUGUGGUUUUUGAGGUUUGGAUGGUGACUGACAGGAUGUUUAGUUACGGGUGGUUCUUGGACUAAUGAGACUCUUACUGCGGUCAUGAAGAACCAUAUUAAGGAAGUCAUGACACAUUAUAAGGGCCAGUGCUAUGCCUGGGAUGUCGUCAACGAAGCCUUCGAAGAAGAUGGUAGAUACCGAGACAGUAUCUUCCACAAGUUAGUCUCUCACUCCCCUCCAUCUCACUACCAAGUUGCUAAUCCAAAGCAAACAGAAUCAUUGGACCAGAAUACAUCCCCAUCGCUUUCGCCGAAGCAGCUCUCCACGACGACCAAGCCAAACUCUACUACAACGACUACAACAUCGAAAACGCCGGCGGCAAAUCCACCGCCGCACUAAACGUCGUCAAGGACCUCAAAGCCCGCGGCAUCAAAAUCGACGGCGUCGGAAUGCAAGCCCACUUCAUCGUCGGCUCCACCCCCGAUCUCAAAGCGCAAACCGCCAACCUCGAAGCCUUCGUCAAAGAAGGCGUGGAAGUCGCCUACACCGAGCUCGACAUCCGCCACUCCUCCCUCCCACCCUCCGCAGCCGCUCUCACCAAGCAAUCCGACGACUACGUCAACACCAUCAACGCCUGUCUCGCGGUCGAGCAGUGCGUCGGCGUCACGAUCUGGGAUUACACCGAUAAGUACUCCUGGGUUCCAUCUACCUUCCCCGGCGCCGGCGACGCGCUUCUUUACGACAAAGAUCUGAAGCCCAAGGCUGCGUACCACGCUGUCGUCGCCGCGUUGGGGGGAUCCUCGGGAUCCGUUGCGGCCAAGGAGGUUCGUGCUGGUGCUCCGGAGGAGACGCCGUUGCCAUCUUUGCCUUCGCCUAUACCUACGACUUUGUCGUCUAGUACACGUCCUGCUGCGACUCCUACGCCUGCUCCGGGUACGGAUGGUGGUGCGGUUGGCACGGUGGCUUUUUGGGGACAGUGUGGUGGGACGGGGUUUACGGGGAGUACGAAGUGUGCGGAGGGGUCGACUUGUGUUGUGCAGAAUCCGUAUUAUUCGCAGUGUAUGUAG